AUGCCGUCUGCCCGGCGGCGAGCGCUCGCCUUUUGCGCGACGCGCACGGAUGCCGUCGGCUCCAGCUUCGACAGCUUCGACUUUGGGAGCGCGACCGUGGCGCAUCUGCAGGCCAAGUUCUCGGCGCCGUCCGAGAUCCAGGCUCUGGCGUGGCCAGAGGCGCUCGCCGGCAAGGAUGUCGUCGCUGUCGCCAAGACUGGCUCCGGGAAGACGCUCGCCUUUCUCCUUCCGGUGAUGCGGCGCAUCGGCGACGGCGGUGGCGGCAAGGUGCGCGCGCUCUGCCUCGCGCCGACGCGGGAGCUCGCUGCGCAGAUCGGCGAACAGUGCGGUGAGUGGGGCCCUCUCUGUGGGCUCAGCGCUUGCGUCGUGUACGGCGGCGUCCCGCUCGGGCAGCAGAAGAGCGAGCUCGCCUCGCGGAAGCCGGGACUGCUCGUCGCGACGCCGGGCAGGCUGUGCGACCUCCUCAAGCAGGAGGUCGUUCGGCUCGGAGGCGCCUGCCGGCACGUCGUGCUCGACGAGGCGGACCGGAUGCUCGACAUGGGCUUCGAGCCGCAGCUGAAGCAGAUCUUCGCGGCGCUGCCCGCCGCAGAGGCGCGGCAGACGCUGCUCUUCUCCGCCACGUGGCCGAAGCAGGUCCGCAAGCUCGCCUCUGCCUUCCUCCGGCCGGUGGAGCAGACCGCCACCCUCUUCGUCGGAGGCGCGGGCGGCGAGGGCGAGGCGGGCCAGCCGUCCGCAAACAAGGCGGUGUCGCAGGAGUUCGUGCACGCGACGGACGACGAGAAGGACAACCUGCUGUGGAAGCGGCUGUGCGAGCUCGAGGCGGGCUCGCGCGUCAUCGUGUUCGCGAACACGAAGCGGCGCGUCGAGAUGGGAGACAAGCCGCAGGCGGAGCGCGAGCGGGCCCUCGCCGACUUCACCGCCGAGCGGCGGCCCCUGAUGGCGGCGACGGACGUGGCGGCGCGUGGCCUCGACAUCCGCGGCGUCACUCACGUCGUCAAUUUCGACAUGGCGAGGGACGUCGAGAGCUAUGUCCACCGCAUCGGCCGCACGGGCCGCGCAGGCGCGAGCGGCGUCUCGCUCACCUUUUGGAACCCCGACUAUGACAAGGAGUGCGCGCCGGCGCUCGUGGCGAUCGCGCGCGCCGCCGACCAGCCGGUGCCCGACUGGCUCGCAAAGUUCGAAAAGACAAAGGCGUCCAAGACGUGGGCCGUCGCAAAGGCGGAGGCCGCGCUGGCGGCCGCAGGCAGCGAGGCGUCGUAA